AAUCAGAAAUAAUAAGAAGAAGGAAUUAAGAGGUGGAAAUAUUAUUUAGGAGUUUAGAGAAUCGAAUAGUUGCAAAAUAGAGAGAAAGAGAGGGUCCAAGCGUGACUGUCAAAUCUUCACUUUCUCUUUCUAAAACUACAAUCUCCCUCACCUUCUCUCUCUACAGAUUUUCUCAUAAUUCAUGAGAAACACCAACACCUAACCUGUAUUUCAUCAAUCCAAAAAACCGCCGAUCCUUUUCCAUUCUUCCUCGGGAAUCCCUCGUCUUCAAUCUCUGUCUUCUCUUCCAGGAUAUAAUGUCCCAGAUUUUCAAGGUAUUCAACCAAUACGCUUCCCUUUACACACACACACACACACACACACACUAACAACGAGUUACGAUAAAAUAUAAAAUAAUUAAGGACUGGUUUUGAUUAGAUAGAGUUCUGACUCCAAAAGAGGGAAAGAUACCAUGGAGGGUGACACAUUCUCAGGACUUGGCAAUGGUACCCAGAUAGAUGGCAAGAUCUUGCAGACAUUUCAAAAGAACUUUGUUCAGGUCCAAAAUAUCUUGGAUCAGAAUAGGCUUCUCAUUAAUGAGAUAAAUCAGAACCAUGAAUCCAAGAUCCCUGACAACCUGAGCAGAAAUGUGGGUUUGAUAAGGGAGCUCAACAACAAUAUCAGGAGGGUAGUUGACCUUUAUGCUGAUCUUUCUACCUCCUUCACCAAAUCCAUGGACGCCUCUUCUGAGGGGGAUUCUAGUGGUGCCUUGAAAUCUGAUGGCAAAGGUGGCCACAAGAGAAAUAGACCUGCAUAGAGACAUCUUUGUUUUUCUUAAUUCUUUCCAUGGAGUAAAGAAGGAUUUUACAAAUUGUGUUGAGGUAGUAGAACAUGAUCAUUAGAGAUUAUGUAGCUUUGUAUCAAUGCACUGUCUUUAGCUCUUCACCCUCUCUUCUUUGCUUUUCUUAGAGAAAUAAUUGGCCAAUAUUUGUGUCCAGUUGUAACUGUUGAUCUAAUUGAAAUCAAUCAUGCUUGUGAAA